CACGUAUUUCAAGCUUACUCUGAUCGUGACGAACAUCAACGAAUUCGGACGGCUCGCCUAGAGGGGACAUCCACCAACAAUACAUGCCAGACAAGACGCGUCCCUCUUCGGCGACGCUCAGAUAUGGUCGCCGGAAAGAGUCCCAAAAUAUCUUCCAUGAGCGACUAUGUACAGCUAGAGAUGUAUAAAAACACGAAAGAUGGAGCGUGAAUAACAGCAGCUUGUAUCAGACAACCCCAGGACAGAUCUUCCACAUACCAAUAUUCACAAUCAUGGUUCUCGCAAAGUCUUCUGCGAUCCCGACGAAUCCGUCUGCUCAAGUACAAGUCGUUCUGAAGUGGAUGGAAUCCAUGACUGAGGGAGACUUGGAUGGUCUUGAGUCCACCUUGGCGGACAAUUACAUCCACGUUGUCUUGCCAGCGAGCACCGGUGUCGCUGUCCACAAUGACAAAGAGUCUUACCUAGCCAGCGUCAAGGAGGUCAUGAGCAUGUUUACUGGGAAUACGGCAACAAUCUUAGAGAUCAUUGAAGUCCCGGGCGUAGUUGUUCUUCAUGAAUCCUCUGAUGGCAAAACCAAGUUUGGCGUUGAUUACAAGAAUGAGGCUAUCAUGACUUACUACCUCGAACCAGCUGGAGAGGGAAAGUAUAAAGUAGCCAAGGUCAAGGCUUUCGUUGAUUCCAAGUUUACGGCUGGAUUUGCGGAGGAAGUGCAAAAGGUUUUAGCAAGUUCUGCCAAGUAAAUUGAGCCGGUUUAUAGUAGACGUCCAGUAGUGGCUUGACAUGUAUGUGCUACGUUAUGCGAUAAUACAGCUUUUCGAAGAGAUGUAU